AUGGCGUCGGCUGGUGGUGGCUGUAGCGCUUCGGAAAGACUCCCUCCGCCUUUCCCCGGCCUGGAGCCGGAGUCCGAGGGGGCGGCCGGGGGUUCAGAACCCGAGGCCGGGGACAGCGACACGGAGGGGGAGGAUAUCUUCACCGGCGCGGCGAGUAACCCCCAGUAUCCAAAGAGAAUUACUUCCUUUCCUGUCAGCAGUGGCUCCAAAGAAAAUGGAAUCCAUGAAGAACAAGAUCAAGAGCCACAGGAUCUCUUUGCAGAUGCCACAGUGGAGCUAUCACUGGACAGCACACAGAAUAAUCAGAAGAAGGUGCCGGCAAAAACACUCAUAUCUCCUCCUCCGCAGGAAGCCACAAAUUCUUCUAAGCCCCAGCAAAGCUACGAGGAGCUAGAGGAAGAAGAACAGGAAGACCAAUUUGAUUUGACAGUCGGUAUAACUGAUCCUGAGAAGAUAGGGGAUGGUAUGAAUGCCUAUGUAGCCUACAAAGUCACAACACAGACGAGCCUACCAAUGUUCAGAAGUAAACAGUUUUCGGUGAAAAGAAGAUUUAGUGACUUUCUGGGUCUUUAUGAGAAGCUUUCAGAGAAACACUCUCAGAAUGGCUUCAUUGUCCCUCCUCCACCUGAGAAGAGCCUAAUUGGAAUGACAAAAGUAAAAGUUGGGAAAGAAGAUUCCUCUUCUGCAGAAUUUCUUGAAAAACGGAGGGCUGCUCUAGAAAGGUACCUGCAGAGGAUUGUGAACCAUCCUACCAUGUUACAGGACCCUGAGGUCAGGGAGUUCUUGGAAAAAGAAGAGCUGCCACGCGCUGUGGGUACCCAGACAUUGAGUGGCGCCGGUCUCCUCAAGAUGUUCAACAAAGCCACGGAUGCCGUUAGCAAAAUGACCAUCAAGAUGAACGAAUCAGACAUUUGGUUUGAGGAGAAGCUCCAGGAGGUAGAGUGUGAGGAGCAGCGCUUACGGAAACUGCAUGCUGUUGUAGAAACUCUAGUCAACCAUAGGAAAGAGCUAGCGCUGAACACGGCCCAGUUCGCAAAGAGUCUAGCCAUGCUUGGGAGCUCAGAGGACAACACGGCCUUGUCACGGGCGCUCUCCCAGCUGGCUGAGGUGGAAGAAAAAGUUGAGCAGCUCCACCAGGAGCAGGCCAACAGUGACUUCUUCCUCCUUGCCGAGCUCCUGAGCGACUACAUUCGCCUCCUGGCCAUAGUCCGAGCUGCCUUCGACCAGCGCAUGAAGACGUGGCAGCGCUGGCAGGACGCUCAAGCCACACUGCAGAAGAAGCGGGAGGCUGAGGCUCGGCUGCUGUGGGCCAACAAGCCCGACAAGCUGCAGCAGGCCAAGGACGAGAUCGUGGAGUGGGAGUCUCGGGUGACUCAGUAUGAAAGGGACUUUGAAAGGAUUUCAACUGUGGUCCGAAAAGAAGUGAUCCGCUUUGAGAAAGAGAAAUCCAAGGACUUCAGAAACCACGUGAUCAAGUACCUUGAGACGCUCCUGUACUCACAGCAGCAGCUGGCAAAGUACUGGGAAGCCUUCCUUCCUGAGGCAAAGGCCAUCUCCUAA